AAGAGAUCUUGAAGCAGCUUGGGAGAGAUAUGGGUGAACCAUCAAAUUUCAACCAAAUCUGGAAAAGAAAAUCAAAACUCUUCUCUCUUUCUCCUCUUCCCCCUUUGCUCGAAACCUCUCUGGAUCAGUGUUUCGUUGAUUUUAGCCUGGAUGGAACAAUAUCCAUAAUACAAAAACAUAAACCCAUACUACAAAUCAACAUCAACCUAGUAACCCCAAGUUCAUCUUAACGGUGUAAGAUUUGUGGACUGAGAAGGAGAGAUAUUGAGAGAAAGAGGAAGCAAAACCCCAUGCCAGCACCGCCGGUUACCAAAACCGUGUUCUGCCUCUUGCUUUUCCGAUGAGGAAGAAGGAGAUUGGGUUAGGGGAUUUUGGGGAUUUUGAGGGACAAUUAUACCCUUUUGAUAGAAAAUCAAUCUUGACCAUUGAUUUAAAGAAUAUUCUUAUAUUCCAAGAUCCAACGGUAUUUAAUUGAUGGUCCAUCGGUGGACAAAAACAAACUUGCCACCUUUAAUUGUUUAAUGAUACAGAUUAUGGGGAACAUAAUUGCACCUCCAAGAAAUGCAUGGGGAGCAUGUUCAAAACGGUGGCUUUAUUUCCUUGGCGUAAAUGGCUUGACACUUGAUGGAACAGGAGUGAUCAACGGUCAUGGUCAAUCUUGGUGGGGCAGUCUGAAUGGAACUGAAGGAUGCACCGGACUACCUACGGCUCUGCUAUUUGAAAGAUGUGAUGGGCUUCAAAUAAGUAGACUCACUCACAUAAACGGGCCAGCAUCGCAUAUCUUUGUGGUUCACAGCCGAGAUGUAACAAUCUCAGGAGUUCACAUAAAUUCACCAAAAGGAAUUAGUCACAACACUGAUGGAAUUGAUAUCUCAAACACAGUUCGGGUUAACAUUCGUAACUCAAUAAUAGGGAGCGGUGAUGACUGUAUUGCCAUCAAAGGUGGCUCACGAUUCAUCAACAUUAGCCAUGUUACUUGUGGACCUGGUCACGGGAUUAGUGUGGGGAGUCUAGGGGAAAAUGGAGAAGAGGAAUUCGCAGAACAUGUGAAUGUUAGGAAUUGCACAUUCAAUGGAGGUGAUAGUGCAGCUAGAAUCAAAACAUGGCCGGGUGGAAAAGGGUACGCCAAGGCUAUCAUCUACGAGAAUAUCAUAGUGAAUCAAACAAAUUACCCGGUGUAUAUUGACCAACAUUACAUGAGGACUCCAGAAAAGAAGGAAGCAUUAGAAGUUACUGACGUUACAUUCAGGAACAUACAUGGCACAUGUACCAAUGAGCAUGCAGUUGUGCUUGACUGUGCCAAGAUAGGGUGUGACAAUAUUAAGCUGCAACAAAUCAACAUUACCUCAAUUGAUCUAGACAAGCCAGCUUCUGCAAUAUGCCAUAAUGUUCAUGGGACAGCAACUGAUGUUAUUUCACCUCGUGUGACUUGUUUACAUCACUAAAGUCUAAAGAGGCAUGUCUACCUGGAUUUAAGAAUUUGAUAUUUUUUGGAGCAAUAAAAU